AUGGCCGACGCCCAAGUCUUCGAGGAAACCUUCAGCAUCACGUCCAUCAACGACGAAAAAUACGACCGCGUCUCGCGCAUCUACGGCACCUCGCAGGACAACACGCUGACCAUGACCCUCGACAUCAACCACGAGCUGUUCCCCGUCACCGUCGGCGAGCAGCUGAACAUGGUGCUUGCCACCACCCUGAGCCUCGACGGCACAAAGGAGGAGACGAGCUGGCGCAGCGUGAGCAAGUCGGGGACCACGACCCUGGCCGACAUGUACGACUAUGUGUGCUAUGGCAAGAACUACCGCUUCGAGGACGGGGAUGGCGAUGUCAUGAAGUACUACGCGAGUUUUGGGGGGCUGCUGCUCUACAUCGAGGGUCCCUUCAGGAAGCUCACAGGCCUGAAGAUUGACAACAUCUACAUGCUCCUCAAGCACUCCUGA